UAUUGAUUCUAGUUGUUUUGAAACUUUGUCUUGCGGUUGCGUCACCAAACAUCUGCGUUCUGCCUAAUUAGAGAUGGUCAUCAAGAUAGGCGUUCCGACGUUGCGGUGUACGCUCAUCCUGCUGAACAUGAUGUGUAUCCUGAGCGGUAUCUCGCUCGCCAUCGUAGGUUCCGUGAUGUACCACAAGCUGGAAACGAUUAUCCAAUUCACCGAUAGGGACAACUUUCUGACGAGCGAGUCUCUGAUGGCCGUCGGUCUGGGUAUCGUCAUCUUCGUGGUGGCUUUGUUUGGAUUCUGCGGUGCGGCCAAGCACUCGUACUGCCUGACCAUCAUCUAUGCUGUGUUGCUGAUGCUGCUGAUCGUAAUCCAAAUUGUUAUCGCGGUGCUGCUAUUUGCUGGCGUCAAUAACGACCAGCACGAUUAUCUGGCGUGGUUCGACGAGUACUUUGAACAUAGCAUCCGUGAUACGAAGAUUUCCAGCUUGGUGGAUCCGAUUAUCCAUCACCUGCAGAGUACCUAUCAAUGCUGCGGAAAACUAUCCUUUUUGGAAUGGGGCAACAAGCUGCCGGAUUCGUGCUGCUCCGACGGUCGAACUGGACCAAAAUGUAUUCCUUUCAAGCAUGGAUGCGAGCGGAUUCUGGAAGGAUACAUCCGUCAGACGAGCAAAAUCGUCGCAUGGGUCUUGCUGUGGUUGACGGUUUUCGAGUUCAUCGCGCUGACUCUGGCAUGUUGCUUGGCCAACGGGAUUAAGAAUCACGUGGAUGCAUUGUACUUUGCUUGAUGACAAUGAUGAAGAAAUACAAAUUACAAAGUAGA